AGGGCAAAUAGAAAUUAUACCUGAGAGGCGGUACCUUUCUGUGGCGGUCUCGCUCGCUUUGUCGCCGUUCUCAAGCGAAGCAUCGCCGUUGGCUCCUCUCCCUCUCUGUUCUCUGUGCUCUCGAGAAAUCUAGCAAUCAUGGCUGGAAUGACACCUGAAGGAUCCCAAUUUGAUGCUCGCCAAUACGACGCCAAAAUGAAUGAGCUGCUUUCACAAGAUGUGCAAGAUUUUUUUACUUCAUACGAUGAGGUAUAUGAUAGUUUUGAUGCAAUGGGUCUCCAGGAGAAUCUUUUGAGAGGCAUUUAUGCUUAUGGUUUUGAAAAGCCCUCCGCAAUUCAGCAGAGAGGUAUUGUUCCUUUCUGCAAGGGACUCGAUGUCAUUCAGCAGGCACAAUCAGGGACAGGAAAAACUGCAACAUUCUGUGCUGGAAUUUUGCAGCAGCUUGAUUAUGGCUUGGUACAAUGUCAAGCUUUGGUUCUUGCUCCAACUCGUGAAUUAGCACAACAAAUUGAAAAGGUGAUGCGUGCACUGGGUGACUACCUUGGUGUGAAAGUUCAUGCUUGUGUUGGAGGAACUAGUGUUCGAGAAGAUCAACGCAUUCUUUCCAGUGGGGUUCAUGUUGUUGUGGGGACACCAGGUCGUGUGUUUGACAUGUUAAGAAGGCAGUCUCUUCGGCCUGACAAUAUCAAGAUGUUUGUGCUGGAUGAGGCAGAUGAAAUGCUUUCUCGUGGUUUCAAGGAUCAGAUCUAUGACAUAUUUCAGCUGCUUCCUUCCAAAGUUCAAGUUGGUUUAUUCUCUGCCACAAUGCCUCCAGAGGCUCUUGAGAUUACUCGCAAGUUCAUGAAUAAACCUGUGAGGAUCCUGGUGAAGAGAGAUGAGCUUACUUUGGAGGGUAUCAAGCAAUUCCAUGUCAAUGUUGAGAAGGAAGAAUGGAAGCUUGAGACCCUGUGUGAUCUCUAUGAGACCUUGGCCAUCACACAGAGCGUGAUUUUCGUCAAUACUCGACGCAAGGUGGACUGGCUCACUGACAAAAUGAGGAGCAGGGAUCAUACUGUCUCUGCAACCCAUGGAGAUAUGGAUCAGAACACUCGGGACAUUAUAAUGCGGGAGUUCCGUUCUGGCUCCUCUCGUGUACUCAUCACCACUGAUCUCCUUGCUCGAGGUAUUGAUGUCCAGCAGGUCUCCCUGGUUAUAAAUUAUGAUCUGCCGACACAGCCAGAGAACUAUCUUCAUCGUAUUGGACGAAGUGGCCGUUUUGGAAGAAAGGGUGUCGCAAUCAAUUUUGUCACUCGUGAUGAUGAACGCAUGUUGUUUGAUAUCCAAAGGUUCUAUAAUGUGGUGAUUGAGGAGCUGCCAUCCAACGUUGCCGACCUAAUCUGAUAAGGAUUUUUUGGUUGAACUGAAUGUUUGAUCUUUAUAACCUGUUUAGGUUUAGCAAUAAACUCAUCGAAGGUGUCUCUUGACUAUCUUGAAUGGUGCGGUUAUAAAGGAAGUUCCAAGCGCUGGUCUUGUUUGAAGCGAUGAUUCCUAGUACUUUAUUAUCGUUCAUCACAUCUUUUUAGAGUUGCAGCCACUAAGUUGUAUCUCCCCAUCUCUUUUGUUGCGAUUGCUGAGCCUUUUUGGAUCUGCACAUCUUUUUUGAACCUGUUUUGUUUCUAGAUGUACUAUUUGAAGGAUUUAUGUAUUAUGACAAGGAUAUUUUAUUGUUAAUUAUCUAGUGAUGGUUGGUUUA